UAUACACAUUACAUUAUAUUUUACUUUUUACUUUUUAAACUGACAUUCCAGCGCAGGGCAUGUCAUGGAAUGAUUUCUUGCCAGAGCUGGCAGUCAAACACGAAGUUCUCGAGUCGUUGUACGCAGACAUUGGCACCCCAAAGGAGGCAAAGGCAAAAGAAUGCCAAAUACUCUUUGACAAGUUUCUAGAUGUGAUCAACAACCAUAUUCAACAUGUAGAACAGGAAAAGGUACACAUGCUUAGUCAAUGUGAGCAGUUACUCGUCGACAUCAAGCGUAUGACAGGAUUGGUAGGGCAAGGCGAGGAGGGACUCAAUAAGUUAGCAGAAACCAUAGAUGGUAUGACUCUAUGGGACCGACAUAAGCUAUUACAAGAAGAAUAUUCUUACAUUUAUGAGCAUUACACCCAAAAACUAGAGGAGAUCAGAGCGUUACAUCAUGAGCUUGCACAGUAUGCAACGAUACUCGGCUCAACUUAUGUCAACCCAGGACCAUAUCCAGAAGAAGGAGCAGCAGUCUCAUUCGAUGUCAUUCAGCAGUUCUCAGACAACAUUGCCACAUGUGAGACUGAGCAGAAAAGGCGCAUAUCCAUUGUCGAGUCUACUAUUAUUACAAUCAAACACCUUUGGACGGAGCUUGGAUUGACAGCACAGGAUUCAUUUGAACGACAGAUUCUGGAUGCAGAGCAUGACUCAUAUCCUAUAUCUGACGAAGCUAUGAGACGGCUGGAAACGAAACAGUCAAUGCUCGAGGAUGAACGGUCGAAACGAGAAUCAAUCGUCAAAGAGCAUUUAGCAGAUAUUACACGGCUCUGGGAUAAGCUUCGGAUUGAUGAAGAUGAACGUGAAGACUUUAUAACGAGUCACGUUGGACUAACUAUGGACACUAUCCGAGCUUACAAAUCCGAGUUGAAUAGGCUGGAGGAGCUAAAAAGCCAAAAGAUACAAGAAUUUAUUUUGGACGAAAGAGAUCUUCUCUAUGAGCUUUGGGAUAAAUUGUAUUACUCUUUGGAACAGCGCAAGAGCUUUGCACCUGUGUUGGAUGACAACUUUACGGACGAGAGUUUAGCAGCACAUGAAGCUGAAGUCGCACGGUUACGGCAGGAGGUGACAGAGAAUGAACAUAUUUUGGAUGCUAUUGAACAGUACAGAAGGAUGCUAGAUGAAAUCAGAGAAUUCGAAAUCACCUCUAUGGAUGCUCAACGAUUGUUUAACCGCGAUCCUGGUCGACUACUACGUGAAGAGAAAUUUCGGAAGAAGAUUGCACGUGAAUUCCCAAAGAUCGAAUCAGAGUUGGAGGACGCAUUAUAUGAAUGGCAACAACUGAAGGGACGGCCAUUCUUAGUGUACGGGGAGAUUUACAUCAAAACCAUGAAACACCAUGCCCAGCAAGCCCGCGAGGGCAAGGAAAAUGAAAAAUUAUGGAGGGAACAACGGCGGUACUUGUCAUUGCAGAGAGAUCUGCGAUACGGUUCCCAGAAUCCAAAAAAAACCGCACAGUCACCCCAUCCCCGCCGUAUUUCUCCUGCAGAUCUGCCACCAAGCGAGUCGUCUGGCUGUCGAUCGCCGCCUCCUACAAAUCACACCACACCGCAGCCUCAAACACCUACAUCCAAAAGGAUUGGACUAGUAUCAACAAGUCGACCAGGGACGCCAUCAUCGUCACAUGUUAGAACUAUUCCAUCUUUCUAUCCUACUACACCCACCAAAGCUCGAUCUCAAACCCAUGUCAACUCCGGACAAAAUCCACUCUUACAAUCGCCACGUAGUUUCCAAACACUUCAACUUCAGAGACAAAACAGCGCCAAUGGGAAAUUUUACUCUAGAAGUGAAUCUCCGGCAACGUCCUUUUCGCUUUCAAAAAUGCCUUCGACCCCAUCCAAACACGGCAAUAUACGAAGUUCUGGUCCCCCUAUUAUGAUGACAACAGAAGAUUCUAACAACAGAAGGAGCAAUUCAAUAAUUUCAAUCUCGUCCACCACUACUGAAGGCGUUGCAGAGCCAUCGACUCCAACACGCACGACCCGUAUACACCGGCCUAUUAGCUUUGAUUUAACUCGACAAUCCAUUCAGGAAGAAGAUCAUCUUAGGUUGACACAGUCGCCUCGUGAUCGUAAACGGACUGUUGCUGACAUGUCAUCCCCACCAGGAUCGCCCUCUGUUUAUAAGCUCAGGAGGAAGUCAAGAAGCCCUUCGCCACAAUUGGAGGUGUCUUCAUCCAAUAAUCAUACUAUACAAAUUAAGGAAUCUCCAUUUGUCUCUAAAACUACUAAAGCGAUUGACCCUGCGGAGCUCGCCACGAAGAAAGUUAAACAGGGAGACCGCUUCAUAAGACAACUUUUGAAGAUUCAAGCACAGGAAAUCCACAAUACCAAUGAUGAAAACGAUGAGAACGCUGAAAACGACGAAAGCGAUGAAAAUAUGGCCACUACAUUGGAUGAGGAAGACGAUAGCGUCAUCGAACUGGACCAAGCUGAAGCCGAGCAUUUGUUUUCGACAGCGCACGAGAUCAUUGAAGUUGUAGAUGAGCAAGAGGUGGAGAGCGAGGGAUGGGAGACAGAGAAUGAUGAAUCGCCACGAUCACGGCGGCAAUCCAAGGCUGUCAGCAACCCGAGUUUAUCUCAGCAAACACAAAACAUGGGAAGUUAAGCUGAUCAUGGGCGUUUAGUGGAUGC